AUGAAGCUUCUUGCUACUGUUCUCGGCCUCGCUACUGCUGCGAACGCCCACACCCUUUUCACUACUCUCUUCAUUGAUGGCGAGAACCAAGGCGACGGUACCUGCGUUCGCCAGCCUAAAGACGCCUCCAAGGCCAAUAGCCCCAUCUACCCCAUCACUGGCGGUGUUAUGGCUUGUGGUGAAAAUGGUGACAAGCCAGUCAAGUUCACCUGCCCGGCUCCCGGCGGCGCUCAACUGACCUUCCAAUUCCGUGAAUCCCCCAGCUACUCCAAGCCUGGUGCCAUUGCCGAAGGCCACAAGGGCCCCUGCUCCGUCUACAUGAAGAAGGUUGACGAUAUGAACUCGGACUCUGCUGCUGGUGACGGUUGGUUCAAGGUCUGGGAAGAUGGCUACAACGUCAAGGAGGACAAGUGGUGUACAGACACUCUCCGAUCCAACGGUGGUCUUCUUUCUGUUGACCUCCCUACUGGUCUCCCUGCUGGCUACUACCUCGUCCGUCCUGAGGUCCUUGCCCUUCACAAUGCUCCCUCGGGUGACCCUCAGUUCUACCACAGCUGCGCCCAGAUCUUCAUCGAGAACGGUCCUGAGGGUCCUCUGGAGAUCCCUGAGAAGUACGAAGUCAGCAUUCCCGGCUACGUCGACAAGAAGGAUCCUGGUGUCACCUACAACAUCUACAGCGACAAGGGCGAAUAUCCUAUUCCCGGCCCUGAGGUUUGGAACCCUACCUCCAAGGAGACUGGCACCAAGCAGACUCAGAAGGAUGGUCUUGUCCCCAAGGACUGCCUUGCCAAGAACGCCAACUGGUGCGGUAAGCCUAUUGCGAAGUACUCUGGGCAAGAUAACUGCUGGGCUGCGGCCAAGAAGUGCUGGGAUAUUGUUGGCGACUGCUGGGACAACGCCCCCCCCACUGGUGAGAUCAACGCUGCCUGCAAAGCCAAGGAUUUUGAAGGCCCUCCCAACUUCACUGGCAAGGAGUACUUUGCCGAGGCCCCUGGCCCUAUUCCUGCUCCCUAUGGCGACUUUGAGGGUAGCGAUCCAGCUACUGAUGGCAAGAACUCCAACUCCAACGACAAGCCUGCCAGCAAAGAGACCUACGCUGCUCCAUCAAAGACAUCUCAGGCUGCCGCCGCUACGACUGAGGCCUCGAAGCCAGCUGAGAAUACGGAGGCUACCAAAGAGACAGCGACCCGCAAGUGGGACAAGUAUGAGAAGAACACAAAGUACAAGGACACUCCUGUUAUCAAGUACCCCAUGCCAGUUCAGACAAGCGAGCCUACCCAAGAGGGGAGCUCUGGACUCAAAGUUUCCGAGGAUGGCCGCUGCGGCGGUGAGACUGGACAGACUUGUGAGGGAAGCAAGUUUGGUGACUGCUGCUCUCGUGGAGGCAAAUGUGGUCGCAAGGCCAAGCAGUGUGAGUGUGGUUGCCAGAAUGCAUUUGGCAUUUGUAAAAAGUAA